CUGAGUUCUUGAGGAUUAGAGUCUGUUCUUUGUGUAUGGUGUAUGAGCAGGUGGGAAGUUAUGCUGCACUAGCUGACCUCUCCCUUGGAGCUGCUUCUGCCUGUGACUGUGGUUACUCAAUUUCUUAAGACGGACGAAAACUUAAGAAUUCUAUAAAGAAGUGGAGGCAAGUACUGUAAUACACCUUGUCAAGUUGCUAAUGUUCUCAGGCCAUUUCUGAGCAGUAGAGAUUUUUAAGUCCUUCACUGAACAGUCCAUUCCAGAUCCUGUCAUCAGGUCCUAUGUUGCUGUUUCAAGUGGUAACAGAUGCAUAUUAUUUAUUUUAUUUUAAAAAAUGAGUUUAACUAGCACUGCAGUAAGAGUUGAAACCUGGCUUUCAGCUACAUGGCAUGUUAAAGUACCUCUAGUGUGGCUGGAAGCAUGUAUUAACUGGAUCCUGGAAGAAAAUAAUAAUGUUAGUAUGAGUCAGGCACAAAUGAAUAAACAAGUAUUUGAGCAGUGGUUACUUACUGACCUGAGAGAUUUGGAACAUCCUCUUUUACCUGAUGACAUUUUAGAAGUUCCAAAAGGAGAACUGAAUGGAUUUUAUGCUCUACAGAUUAAUUCCUUGGUUGAUGUAAGUCAGCCUGCAUAUUCUCAGAUAGAACAGUUGAGAGGAAAGAAUACAACAAAUGAUCUAGUUACAGCUGAAACACAAGUUACCCCCAAACCUUGGGAAGUGAAGCCUUCACGGAUGUUGAUGCUACAGCUAACUGAUGGAGUUGUACAAAUUCAGGGAAUGGAGUAUCAGUCUAUUCCAGCUCUUCAUAGUGAUCUUCCUCCAGGCACAAAAAUUUUGAUUUGUGGAAACAUUUCAUUUCGUCUUGGUGUUCUCUUAUUGAAACCAGAAAAUGUGAAAGUGUUAGGAGGUGAAGUAGACGCUCUUUUAGGAGAAUAUGCACAAGAAAAAGUACUUGCAAGAUUAAUUGGGGAAUCUGAUCCUAUAGUUUCAUUCAUACCAAAUAAUUCUAAUCAAAACAUCCCCAGAGUUGCAGAUAUUAUGGAUGAUGUAUUAGGACCUUCUGAUGAAGAACUCUUGGCAAGUCUUGAUGAAAAUGAUGAGUUUGCAGCAAGUAAUGACACCUUGGAAAGAUGUGUCAACACAGGGAGUUCCUUGAACACUGUUCCUACGAGACAGUCGAGUUUUGAGCCAGCACUCAAUUCUCAAAGACGAAAGGAGAAACCACCAAACCAAUUUAUACAUUGUACCGAUGGGGAAUUGGAUGACUUUUCACUGGAGGAGGCCUUGCUUUUAGAAGAAACUGUCCAAAAAGAACAGAUGAAAACUAAAGAAUUGCAGCCAUUGACUUUCAGCAAAAACACAGAUAAAAGUAUGGAGAGAUUUUCACAUAAACCUAAUAUGCCGAAUGAUUUUUCUUCAGUUUGCAAACCAGGAAAUAAUAAUUGGAAUGGAAAAACUUUACUUGAACAGAUGACUCAUGAAGACAGAUCAUUUCAUUGUUCAUCUGCUAUAGACCAAAACAGUGUUUUUUCAGGUCCAUUGAGUGUACCAUCAGCGCAUAAUUUUACAAAUAAAGAUAGGAACUCAGAGAUAGAUAAUAAAGUAAAACAAACUAUCAGCAGUUUAGAUGGACAUUCUUUAACUGAUAAAAUAUUAAAUAGAGAGCCAGUUAAGAGUUCACAAGUUUCUAAUAAGCAUGGUCACCACUUACAGUACUGUUCUGAAAGAUCAGAUAGUAGUACUGAUCUUUCUCUUGGCACAGAUUUGUAUUCUCCACCCUUCACCUAUCUGUCUGUUUUAAUGGCUAGCAAACCAAAGGAAGUUACAACAGUGAAAGUCAAAGCAUUUAUUGUAACUCUAACUGGAAAUCUCUCAAGUUCUGGUGGCAUUUGGAGUAUAACUGCUAAGAUUUCUGAUGGCAGUGCAUACCUAGAUGUAGACUUUGUAGAUGAAAUACUUACCAGUUUAAUAGGGUUUUCAGUACUAGAAAUGAAACAGUUAAAAAAGGAUCCUCCUAAAUAUCAAAAGUUCCUGGAAGGUUUGCAGAAAUGUCAGAGAGAUCUAAUAGAUUUGUGCUGUUUGAUGACUAUUUCAUUUGAUCCUUCCUUGUGUAAAGCAAUGGUACUUGAAUUACAAGAUGUUAAUAUGGAACACCUUGAGAACCUAAAGAAUCGAUUGAAUAAAUAACUUACUAAAUAGUACUAGAGAAUAAUUUAAAACAAGGAAGUAUUUUAAAUUUGUUCACAAUUUUAUUUUUUUGGAGGACUCAAAUUUCAGAAAAUUUGUUCUUUGUUUAUCUUUAAGGACUGUUUGGCUUUUCUUAGUGUUUGAAACUUUAUGGGGUAGUAUGACUGAAUAGUAUGACUGUUUUUGAGUAACGCAGAUUAUUUCUUUCCUACUACAAGUUGCACACACAUUAUUUUGUAUUCUAGAAAGGUUCUGAAAUUGAGGCAUGAUCAUAUACAACCACAUGGACGCAUUCUGCUAGAAAAUGAAAACAUAACUGAUGAAAACAAUAGGAAACGUCCGUUUGUUUUAACAAAAUUGUUGCUAAUAAAAGAAUGAAGUUCAAAAUGUAAACAAA